AUGGCACCAGGCCUCAAGGCCCCGCGGAGGCCCAAGCCUGCCGCGCGGCCAAAUCCCAUCAAGGCAAUUCAGGACCAAGCAUGGCAGCAACGCAGGGCAAGCCAGAGCCCAGCCCCUUCCAUGUCCCCAGCACCACAGGCCCGCCCUCAGCAGCCAGGCGGGAGGAAAAGCCAGUGCCCCAAUAAGAACUGUCCAAACCCGAACAUCGUCGACGGUACUUGUCGGACCUGUGGUCGAGUUGCCGAUGACAGCAACAUCGUGGCAGAAAUUCAGUUUGGCGAAACUGCUGGUGGUGCUGCCGUAGUACAGGGUAGCUAUGUCGGUCCCGAUGGUGGUGUCCGCCUGUCAGGAGGCCAGGGCGGCCGGCGGAUUGCUGGAACCAACACAUCUUCGGAAGCCAGAGAAAAAGCCCUUCGUGAGGCCAGGAGUCUCAUACAGGGAUUUGCAAAUUCGCUCAAUCUUCCCGAGCGCACUGUUAACGGUGCCAGCCAACUCUUCAAACUUGCCAGCUCUCGAAAUUUUACCCAAGGUCGCUCUUCCGUUUACGUUGCCGCCAUGUGCCUUUAUGCAGCUUGCAGAAAGGAGACUAGUUGCAAGAUUAUGCUCAUGGACCUAGCUGACCUGGUGCAGCACGACGUCUUUCACCUUGGCCGUAUGUACAAGGCUUUUAUCAGCGACAUUGGCGCCGGUGGCAAUUACAACCCCAUUUUCGUCGAGGAUUUGAUCUACCGAUUUGCUGCCCGCUUGGAAUUUGGAGAUAAGACCAACAAGGUUGCCAGCACUGCAGUCCGGCUAGUGCAGCGCAUGGACCGGGAUUGGAUGGUUCUGGGCCGCCGACCAUCAGGUAUCUGUGGUGCCUGUCUGAUUAUGGCGGCGAGAAUGAAUAAUUUCCGCCGCACAGUACGGGAGGUUGUCUUCAUCGCCAAGGUUACCAUGCACACUCUCCAACAACGACUAAACGAAUUUGCCGAAGUCCCUUCAGCCAAACUUACUGUUGAUGACUUCCUGAUGCGGGACUUUUUGUACGAGCAGAUGGACCCUCCAGCCUAUUAUAAGAAGACGGCUGAAUAUCAAGCAAAACUCAAGGAGCGGCGAAAAAAGCGCAAACGCGACGAGGGUGACGACGGGGAAGAGGAAAGAAGGGUUGAUGCCGAUGGUUUUGCCAUCCCAGCGGUCCCGAACAGGACAGAUGCUGUAUCCACGCUAAAUGAAGAACCAAGCGAUAUGGAGGAGGGGCUUUCAGAGGUGAACUCACAUCUAGACGACCUGGCACGGCAGUUUGGUUCUCAGGGUGCCGUCCCCAGUUCUUCCGAGGCUACGGGGUCACCUGCUCCCGCUGCGUCAGGAACUGGCUCGCAGCCUGGUAGACCCAAGAAACAACCUCAAGGCAGUAGCGUCCGCAAGCUCCCCAAAGUUGAGAAGCCGGCUUAUGUCACCGAGGAAUGGGAUGAGGAUGAAGAGCUUCUUGAAAUGGAGAUCACAGAAAACAUGAUGAACCCAUCGACAACCGAGGGCGCGAUGCGACUCGCCAACGCGGCUGAGCUUGCUGCGCUGAAAUUCUUCGCCGAUCCUGAAAAACAGUCCCACCUGGACAGGCCAGAGGUUGAAGAAGACGAAUUCGCUGACGACCCAGAGGUUAUGUACUGCCUUCUGGGUAAGGAAGAGGUGGAGUUAAAGACGCAGCUUUGGGUCAACCAGAACAAGGACUGGAUGCGCAAGCAGCAGGAAAAGGAGUUCAAAGCACGCCUGGCUGCAACAAACCCACCAAAGCCUGGUCGUGGCAAUCGGGCCAAGAAACCGCGCAUUGGCGAGGGUCAGACGGCGCCGGCAGACUCUGCAACGGAUGCUACGCUUGAAAUGAUUGACCGUCGUCAAUUCUCCAAGCGUAUCGACUAUGAUGCUGUCCGAAGCAUGCUUAGCACCGGCGGGCCGGGCUCAACCGGCGGCAGUCUCGCCGCGAGUAGGCAGACAAGUCGGGCUGGCAGUGUUGCUGUAGACGGGGCUGAGGAAGAAGAGGAAGACGAGGAGGAGGAAGAAGAAGAAGAAGCGGAUGAAACACGCGUUGAAGACGAUGUUGAGGAAGAAGAAGAUCACCCCAGUGAUGAAGACUAG